CACUUGCAAUAACCUCAAUGGCUCCUCCUAGCAAGGUUACACUUACACCCAUAUGUUUGCUAGUAUACGUAUGGUGUUUUGGGGUGUUUAUGACGUUAGCCUGGGGUUCAAAGGCUAGACAUUUCAAAUGGGAAGUCGAUUACAUGUACGCUGCACCCGAUUGCUUAGAAAACGUGGUCAUGGGCAUCAACGGUCAGUUCCCUGGCCCAACCAUCAAAGCUCGGGCCGGUGACACUGUUGUUGUCCAUCUUACAAACAAGCUCCAUACCGAGGGAGUCGUUAUUCAUUGGCAUGGUAUUCGACAGCUUGGAACACCAUGGGCUGAUGGAACUGCAUCCAUAUCACAAUGUGCCAUAAACCCGGGAGAGACAUUUGUGUACAGGUUCAAGGUUGAUAAGGCGGGUACAUACUUUUACCAUGGACAUUACGGGAUGCAAAGAUCAGCAGGAUUGUACGGAUUGUUGAUAGUGGACAUUGAGGAGGGAAAGAAGGAAAGUUUCCAUUAUGAUGGGGAGUUUAACUUGUUGUUAAGCGACUGGUGGCAUAAAGGUGCUCAUGAACAAGAGGUUGAUCUUUCGUCCAAUCCUAUGCGUUGGAUCGGUGAACCCCAGAGUUUGCUAAUAAAUGGAAGAGGACAAUAUAAUUGCACAUUAGCAGCAGCGCAUAAUAGCAAUGGCUCAAGUCUACCAGUGUGCAAAUUUAGAGGAAAUGAACAGUGCGCACCAAACAUCUUAAAUGUGGAGCCAAACAAGACAUAUAGGCUGAGAGUGGCCAGCACUACUGCUUUAGCUUCACUCAACCUUGCCAUUGGGAACCACAAGAUGGUGAUGAUGGAAGCAGACGGGAAUUACCUCCAACCAUUUUCGGUUAAUGACUUCGACAUAUACUCUGGGUCUUCACGACCUCCAACCAAUUACAAUCGUCGAAUCUUCCUCCUCAAUACCCAAAAUCGUAUCAAUGGUUAUACCAAAUGGGCCAUUAACAAUGUGUCACUAAACCUACCCUCAACCCCUUACUUAGGAUCAAUAAAACAUGGUUUGACUAGUGCCUUUGACCAAAAAAGUCCACCCGAGACCUUCGUUAACACAUAUGAUAUCACUAUGCCCCCAUCAAACCCCAAUGCGACAUAUGGGAGUGGUGUUUACAAGCUAGAAUUUGGCAAGACUAUUGAUGUGAUACUACAAAAUGCGAAUGCUCUAAAUGCGAAUGUGAGUGAGAUACACCCAUGGCACCUUCAUGGGCAUGACUUUUGGGUAUUAGGAUAUGGAGAGGGGAAAUUCUCCAAGAAAGAUGAAAAGAAACUCAACUUGCAAAACCCUCCAUUGAGAAAUACGGCAGUUAUAUUUCCUUAUGGAUGGACAGCGUUAAGAUUUGUUACUGAUAAUCCAGGUGUAUGGGCGUUUCAUUGUCAUAUAGAGCCUCAUUUGCAUAUGGGCAUGGGUGUGGUUUUUGCUUCAGGGGUUCAUCUAGUGGGGAAGAUACCAGACGAGGCUCUUUCUUGUGGUUUGACAGGUAAGCUGCUAAGAAGCAAUAACCACAAUUAA